GAGCGCUCGAGUCACGUGACCAACAGCGUUCCACAUUUGAAAUGUUGUGUUGCUUUGCGAGCAGAAAAGAAAUCGUCGCCCAAACAAAAUAACGAGGAUCGCAAAGAUCCUUGACUAAAGUCCACUUGCGUGCCGGACGGGCGGCCGGCCGGCCGGUUUCCAGGAAGACGACGCUAGGGCUUUGCUGAGUUGAGUGGAGCGAGCUUUCGGAAAGCAACAAGUCGUGCAAUUUUCCGUCAAGUCACUCGUGACUUACAAAUCCAAACGAUUAACAUCGGAGCUAGUUGAGGUUAUUGCUAUUUUACCUGCAGCUUGACAGCAGCGGCAGCGCGAUGGAGCGUCGAGCAGGCAGCGAUGCCAUUUAUCUGCUGGACGAGAAGUUCGACUUCGAUGUUUCUCUGUCACCUGACGGCUCCUGGUGUGCAGAAGGCGGGGAUGAUGUCUUUGUGGAGCCAUCCCGCCAUCCGCCCAAUAACUUUGAAUCCCCCUGGAGUCCGCUGUCGGGGGACCAGCUGGACGCCGUGUGCCAGGAAGCCAAGCGAUUGGCCCAACAGCUGCGGCUCCACGGCCAGGAUGGCGAAGACGCACGGGAACACUUCAUUCAGGACGGCGCCGCCAAACUGGAUCUGCUGGCGGCACCUCCCGGCCUGUGCAGCCCCGCCAUACGUCAGACCUUCCUGGUGCAGGACAGUCCUAUGAAAGACCUGCCUCCGGCCAUCCGCCAGCGCUUGAAGCAAGGAAACGCGCCGCCGCCGCCCCCGGCGACGCGUCUUUCAGCUCGGCUCAACGCCUCCGGCCCGACGGGCGUCAAGACCAGGGCGGCGCUGCGCGGGAAAGCCGGCUUGGGUGCCGUGCUGCCCAGCAAGCCGGCCGUCCCCAGGACUUCCUCUUCGGCCGCUGCUCAGAAAGCCCGAGUGCAAGCGCCUGGCAAAGUUGCCUCGAGUCCUCAUCUCUCCGGCCGGCCCAAGUCCCGUGAGGAUAUUGCGACCGAUUCGGCCAGAGUGGCAUCAGACGUCACUGACUUGUCCCUCAAUGGUAGCACGCUGGGGAGGGGGAGGAAGCGCACGCUGGCUGCACCCGCCGCCAAGGUUACGAGGAGGCAGUCCGGUACAAAGGUGACGGCGCCGCUGAAAAGCCGCAACCCCGUCGAAGGCCGCAAAACGUCCUCAUCUUCGUCCUCUGUAUCCAGCUUCAACUCCAGCCUGUCCCUGUCUCCAGCCACAGGGAAGCUGAACUCCUCGCAGGACCGCGCUUUCACCUCCUCCACCGUCCCUGGCGACGCCGGCCGGCCCGCCAAUCAAAACAAACGCCGCUCUGGCCUCGCGACGGCGUCACCGUCGUUAGCGUCCUCUGCUGCCGCGCUACCCGGCCGAGCCAGAAAGCUGUCGGAGAGUGUCAAGGCCGGCGGCGGGGUCACGCCGCAGCGCCAGACUGCGUCUGCUAAAAGAACCUUGGACAAAACCUCAGCUCAAAAUGGACUCAAGGCAAAAAUCACAGCUGCAGCGCCAGGCAAGACGCCCACACAUAGCAGAGAAAUCACACCUCCAGGUUUUUGUUCUCCUGAUGUUUCCAAGGUACUCAAACCAGAGCGACGACCUAUGUCCAUGGCCACUAUGGACAGCCUCCAUCAAAAGGCGUGGAGUGGCUCGGUGACGCCCCCCGCAGGUCCAAGCGGGCCUCUGCAGUUACGCUCCCAGCGUCCCUCCGGUCUCCCCACGCCGCUCAAACGCCGGGGGUCGGCCAUCCCCGGGCCGACACCCGGCAGCCACCGCAGAACCGCCUCAGACCGCCCCCCUCGGACUUGCUUCAGUCCCGCCCCCAGAGACUGGAAUAUGGCGGCGGCGGCGGCGGAGCCUGUAGUCGUGCAGGCCUUCUGUCUGGAGGAGGAGGAGCCUCCGGCGGCGCCCGGCCAAUCGGAGCGCACCGCGAGCGCGGAGCCGGCCACUCGCGGCCAAUCGGAUGAGCUUCAGCCGGAGAGCGCCCAACAAGAGGUUCUUCUGCUGGACCUUCCCACUCCGCUUCUCCCGACUCAUGAGAAAGCGCUCAUCGACCUGCUCAACACCCCAGACUUGGUCCGCAACAGCACCAAGAGCUGUGCCGCAACGCAGCUGAUUGACCUAAGCUCGCCACUCAUCAAGUGGAGCCCGGAAGACAAGAAGGAGAACACUGCCACCCUCAUCAACCUCUCCUUUUGAUAGCUUGAAAACUGGAAUUCUGAUUUUAUUCCUGCUUCUAACCUUAAGAACCUAAAUAAAUAUUGUACAUUGAUCUUA